GGUGGGGGGUGGGGGGAGGGUUUAGUGACAACAGAUCAUAGGAAGUUCACCCCUCAGGGGCAUUUAGCAUUUUGUGAUUUGGAGGAAAUUUAAGAGAGGGGAGUGACAAAGUAAACUCCCCCUCAACCCCAUAGCACAAAUACACUGUGGUCCCCCCCACCUCCAUCCAGUCCCCCUGUCCCCAAAGACUCCAGUCGGGAGCUCGGCCCUCUCUCUACCAUAGGCACAUGCUAAUGCCCCUGAGUGGGUUCUUCUGGUGGUGGUGGUGCUGCUGCUGCUGGUACUGCUGUGGAGGGUGUUACCAGGCUCCCCAGAUGUUUCGCCACCAGGGUCUCCUCAAGUGCCGAUGUCGCAUGCUCUUCAAUGACCUGAAGGUCUUCUUGCUUCGGCGCCCACCGCCGGCCCCGCUGCCCAUGCACGGUGACCCUCAGCCCCCUGGCUUGGCAGCCAACAACAAUACCCUCCCGGCCCUGGGUGCUGGUGGAUGGGUAGGCUGGAGGGGUCCUCGAGAGGGGGCCAGUGGGGAGAUCCCUCCUCUGCCACCUCCACCACCCUUGCCACCUUCCUCUGCAGAGGACGACUGGGGUGGCCAGGUUGUGGAACCACCUGCCUCCCUGCUCAGCAGCACCUCCUCAGAUGACUUCUGUAAGGGGAAGGCUGAGGACCGCUAUUCACUUGGCAGCAGCCUGGACAGUGGCAUGAGAACCCCCCUCUGCAGGAUCUGCUUCCAGGGCCCUGAACAGGGGGAGCUGCUGAGUCCCUGUCGCUGCGACGGGUCAGUCAAGUGUACACACCAGCCCUGCCUGAUCAAGUGGAUCAGCGAGAGAGGCUGCUGGAGCUGUGAAUUGUGUUACUACAAGUACCACGUCAUUGCCAUAAGCACAAAGAAUCCUCUGCAGUGGCAGGCCAUUUCUCUGACGGUCAUUGAGAAAGUCCAGAUCGCAGCAGCCAUCCUGGGUUCUCUUUUCCUUAUCGCCAGCAUCUCUUGGCUCAUCUGGUCUACAUUCAGUCCCUCGGCCAAAUGGCAGCGCCAGGACCUCCUCUUCCAGAUCUGCUACGGGAUGUACGGCUUCAUGGACGUGGUGUGCAUAGGCCUGAUCAUCCACGAGGGCCCAUCCGUGUACCGGAUCUUUAAACGAUGGCAGGCUGUGAACCAGCAAUGGAAAGUGCUGAACUAUGACAAGACAAAGGACCUGGAGGACCAGAAGGCGGGGGGCAGGACAAACCCCAGGACCUCCUCAUCUACACCGGCCGAUGCGGCCGCCCCCUCGGAAGAGGAGGCUGUGAGCAACCCCUCUCCGGGAGACGGCACCGGCAGCGGAGGCGGGAACCGGGCCCCCAGCCAGCCGUCUGGCCCUCUGGCCGAUCACCACUGUGCUUACACCAUCCUGCACAUCUUGAGUCACCUGAGACCCCAUGAGCAGCGGAGCUCCCCCGGGGGCAACCGGGAGCUGGUCAUGAGGGUCACCACGGUCUGAGCGCAGGGAGCAGGAGGGAGGCCUUAACUGGAGAGCCGGGAGCCUGAGAGCUCGCGGAGAGGGAGCCGAGGCUGACCGCCAGGCCACCCUCCCCGGAGCGGAGGGAGAGCUGGUGGAAGAGGGUGCGGGGGAGGGGGAGGAGGAGGAGGAGGAGGCAGUGUUCGCCUUCGUGGAAGUCCUCCAAGGCGUCAGCCGGGUUUGGGCCCGGGGCCGGGAGGCCCAAGGCCAGACGAGGGAAGGAGCCCUCUGGCCAUUGGGCGCUUCCCAACUGGGAAACUCUCCUUAAGAAAGACAAUAGCAGCAACAAAAAACAAAUGCAAACAGACUCAACACCGAAGUCCGAUACCUACUAAACAAAAACACAGGCAGACACACACAGGCAGACAUACAGGCAGACACAUAUAAGCAGACACAUACACGCAGACACACAGAGACACAGAUGGACACAUUUAGAGACACAUACAGGUGGACACGUGCAGACACAGACACAGACACAGGUGGGAACACAUACAGAGACACAGGUGGACACACACGUGAAGACAUAUACGGGCAGAUGCACAGAUAAACAUAAAAAGAGAGACACAUACAGGUGGACACACGUGCAGACACACGGGUUGACACAUGCAGAGACACACAGGUGGACACGUGCAGACAUACAGGCAGACGCACAGAUGGACACAAGCAUAGAGAGACACAAAAGUGGGUGUACACGUGCAGACACAUAUAGGCAGAUGCACAGGUGGUUGCAAAUGUAGAGACACAUAGAAGUGGACACACGUACAGACAUACAGGCAAACACACAGGUGGACACACAUGUGCAGACACAUACAAAUGUCUACACACAGGCAGACAAGUGCGCUUACAGGUACAGGCAGAUGUACAGGUAUACACACAUGCAGACACAUACAAGUGGACAUGCAGGUAGACACAUGCAGACACAGAGACUGGCACACAGGUGGGAAUACACAUGCAAAUACACACAAGCAGACAGACUGCAGGCACACAGAUGGACAUACACAGAUGAACACACACGUGCAGAUACAUACAGACACACACUGGCAUACAUCCGAGGACACACACAAAACAACUGGUGGAGGUAGUGCAGAGAUGGGGGCCAAACUGGUGUGUCUGAUGGCAGUGUGCUCAAGAACAGUAGUUCUCUUGACACACGUGUGCAAACUUGCACAUGCACACACAUGCAUACACGUGCACGUGUGAAGGGAGAUAAAGUGUGAAGAUGAUUGAAAGAUGACAAGUAUUUGUUGCCCUGUUUUGUUUCUAUCUUUGGGUUUGUUUUGUUCUCCCCACGCCAUGGGCAGUGGACAGUGGGCAGGGGGCAGUGGGGAGGGAUUAGAGGGUGGGGACAAUGGGUGGGAAGGGAGGGCAGGGUUUGAGCACAUCUCUUGAGAGCCUUGGGCUCUUCCUGGCUGGCAAUAUUAGCAUAUUCAUCUGUUUUAGUGGGGCAUUAGGGAGGGGAAAGUGUUGACUUUAGGGAGGGGGAGGUUUGUUAGUGUGAGUGGUUCAAGGUGGUAUCUCUCUGCCCCCUGCCUCAAAGACAGGAAACCCUAUUUUGAGUGUGUUACCCAAAAGGUUUGGGUUUAGAGUUGGGCCUUCUUGUGCCCCCAGAACUGUAUUUUAAGGUGAUUUGACUCAAAAAAAAAGUUUAUAGGGGAAAAAAAAACAACCAAGCACAUGUACACAUUUAAAACAAUAACAACAAUGAAACAAACAGAAAAAAAGUAUAGCUUUCCCAUGGGUAUAUCAAGCACAGUCCUGCUGCGGUCUCAACCUUCAAAGUUGCCAAUCCAGGAAUCUAACCUUCCCAGCUAACCAAACUCUACCCAAGGGCAAGGGCAAAGCUAAUGUGCCACGUUCCCCCGCCUUGGAGUGAUUGCACAAACCCAGGUUCCCCCACCACAGAAGGGCACCCUCCUACUCCAAUCUCACUUCCAGAGAAUUGUGUUAGGAUGAGAGAUAGGAGGGAGCGGAGAGGGGAGAAUCAGGCAAAAGUGGGGAGGAGAGAUGGGGUAUAAAUAAUCCCUGCUGCUUGUUUUCCACCUGAAAAAGGCAGUUCAGAAUUAUCUCCAUGCCCAGAAGAUUGAUGUUGUCACCUGCUCCUCCCCCUAUGGCCAGAGGGCCCUGGUUGUCUGAGGCUGGUGGCUAGGCCACUGGCGUCCCUAAGAGCCUCUGUGGCUGCCUAAGGGACGCUGGCCAUGCCAGUCCCUACCAAGGCUUGGGAUGAACUGAUCUCCUACAGAGUUUCUACUUCAAUGCACAAUGGCUGAGUCAUCUAUGGGUAUUAAAGGGACACUGUCAAGUACUUUUUUAACUAGUUUUUAGGGUUUUUUUAACUCUCCAUUGUUUGUAAUAUUCUCUUAAAAGCUUGAAAAUAAAAUUUCUUUCCCUACCA